GGGCAUUUCAUGGGCUCACAAAAACAAACUUGAAUGUCUGACAUGCUCAUAAAGGUCCCCUGCUGCUCUCACAGUCCAUAUUAUAGGAAAUCUAUAAUGUCCCAAUUCAUUUAUUUUCUACUGUAUAUUAGAAAAGUGUAGUUACAGAGAAAAGAGGGAUGUCCAGAAAGCUUGGAUUUAUUGUGGUCAGUUCUUCAAGUCAUGAAGACAACUUCAGUGCCCAGGAGCUCAUGGUCCAUGCACCAACUGUCAAUGGGUGGAGAUCCUGCAGGCUUUGCUCCUACCCUCAGCACAUCACAUUCCAGCUGGAGAAAAAAAGUCGGAUGAAGAAACUUCAGCUACUGGCCCACCAGUAUCUUAUCCCAGCCAAGGUUGAGUUCCAUGUCGGUGACUUUCUCCCAGAGGUCGGUACGACUGAGCUGCGGCGACUCGGGUAUGUUACCUUGUCCGACAACGAGAAGACGGAUUUUAAAGCUCGGGAGCUGAAGUCUGUUCACGUGGAUGCUGUUGGAACUUACCUGAGACUGACCUUCUACAGGAAUUUUCCCAACCAGCUCAAUCACUACGAUCAGGUUGCCUUGGUUGCCUUCAACAUCUUGGGGGAUUCAUUGGAUGAGGAGAUAUGCAACACUAUUCCAAGUCAAGAACAGCUGAUUGAACACUACCUCAACAGUACACAGCCGGAGGCAGCUCUGGAAACGACCUUCCUGGGAAAAUGUGACUCUAUAUCUCCCCUGGAUGACUUAGCCUUUGACAUGUAUCAGGACCCAGAAGUGGCACGCAUCAUCCGACUUCUGGACCAAAACCGGCAGAACAUGGUCAGCCAGAAGAAAUACGAUGAGGUGAAAAUCAUCAAGCAGGCCAUGGCUGAUCUUCAGAAGGUUGGGGAGCGUUUAGCUCGAUACGAUGUGGAAAAAAAGUGUGCCAUCGAAAAAGAAGACUUUGACCUUGCCAAAACAAUGAAGGAGCAGAUGGAGGCAUAUCGGAAGUCUGUCUACAGGCAGCUUGAGGAGCACAAUCUCUUGGAUUUGGAAUUGAUCAAAAGAGCAGCAGAUCCUUCUUCAGCCUUGACCAAAUGUUCUCCCAGUUGUCCUCCAGCUUUUGUUGUUGGUCAUGACGUGUCAAGAAAGACCAAGAGUUCUGUCGCUCCUCAGAACCAGAUGUUAAACAACGUUCUUCCAAAAAAUGACAAGGAACCCAUCAGAUGUGAGAAUUUAUCUGCAGGUGAUGGUGUCAGUGUACCUUCUGAUCAGCCGCCACAUACAGCUCUUCAGAGGAAAGAAGAGCCUUCUCCAGGUGUCCAGAUCCCUCCAAUGGAGUCUUCACCUCAAGUAGAUGUCCGAAACAGCCUGACCAGUCCAGAUCUAACCGGGGAGCUGGAGCUGCUGACGGAGAAAUCACACAGAGAAGCCAGCCUUGCAAUCCAAAUCUAUGGAGAAGUCCUGGUGGCAGGAGUGUACUCCAAAAUAUGGUCCAACAGGGAGGAAGCACUUCUUGCUGUGCACAACAAGCUCUUGGAAGUUCCCAAUGUAUCUUCCAAGGAGAAAAACAGAGACACAAUAAGGGCCGCUGUUUUCCUGGUGAAGAAAACGCUCCUGGAUAAAGUGUCCUCAGUUUUCCAAAACUCCCUAAACUUGCUUUGGCUCAUUCUGAAUGAUCUCAUCCCGAAUUUGGGUUUGGGACGAGCUGAAGUGGUGCACUGCUUUGAGCAAACGUGGACCAACCUGCUGGCCAGGACUGGCGACUCUGCGCCCCGUAACCGGCUCAAAGCUUCCGCCUUAAUACAGAAAAUCGCUCUGUUGAAGGACGUGCGCAACCUGCAGGUUGUCCCCGUUGAGCUGGUGAUUCCAUUCAAAUCCAACUUCCCCGCGCGCCUGGCUCGAAGUCGCGUAGAGCUUGUGGAAAAGCUCCUUCUUGAAUUGGGAACAGAAAACUCUGGAUUCACUCUAGAUAAUGUCAUGAAGUUCUCCACUGCUGCGCUGGAGCACAGUGCCGCGCCAGUUCGGGAGAUGGCCGUGCGAAUCAUCUUAUCUAUGUACAACAAAUACAAGUGUGCUGUUGUGCGCUACCUUCCUCCUGACAAUUCAGCCAUGAGGAAGAACUUCCUCUACAAAUCCCUGUUUGAUGGCUUUGCCAAGAUAGACGGGAAAAAGGCUGCGAAGAGGGGUGGAGAGAGGCAAAAGCAAGAGAUCCAAAGCCUUCAGGAGCAGCUGGCGGCCCUCAAACUAAUCACUGAGAGAAGCAGUGAAAGUACAAAGGAACAUAAAGCCAAAGAUGAAGAUCAGAAGGUGAAGGUUGAGAAAGAAUCUCAGAAGGCAGUCAGUGCAAAAGUCACAUCAUCGCAGAGUAAGAAGACAACUUCGACCCACCAGCAGUCGACCAGCUAUCUUGAUAAUCUGUGCAUUUUCUGUGGCAAGAAGGACUCGUCCUUCACUGAGGACGGCUUAGAUCUCCACUACUGGAAGCACUGCCCGAUGCUGCGGCGCUGCGACGAAUGUAGACAGGUUGUGGAGAUCGCCAGCUUGACUGAGCACCUGCUGGGUGAGUGUGACAGCAGGUCAAAAUUCAGCCAGUGCCCACGAUGCUCCGAGGCGGUGACAACAGACAGUUUGAGUCGACAUGUCCAGGGUCCCAGCUGUAACCCUUCCAGUUCGGGCAAAGAUUCCAACCACUGUCCUUUGUGUCACAACAACUUCAUGUCUGGAGAGGAGGCCUGGAAGGCUCACCUCAUGGGCGGGGAGGGUUGUAAGCACAACUCACGGAGGACUGCAGUGUCCCAGAGAAGCCAGUCUACACAAGCGAAGGCAGCAGAUCCGCCCAAGCCGAAGCAGUCCUGGCCAGUCGGAACCAGAGGCCGAGCCAGGCAGAGUCGGAUCCCAGCUCUCACCCCUCAAGCCCGAGGACCCACCCCGGGACAGCCGUGAAGAUGCUCCAGUCACUUUGUGAGGUGACCUCGCUCGCUGUGGUGUGAGGAGACACGAAGCCCCUCGCAGACAGACGAGGACCUCGAGUGUCUGCCUCAGCUUCGUGACUCCCACUCGUGCCACACCCCGCUUUCUAGGCUCUUCUAGCAGUGUUUAAACAUCCAAACAGAAAAACACAAAACUAUCCUGAUCACUACUUCACACUCAACAUAUUUAAUGUCUGAGACAGCAUAUUCUGCGAAUAUUUAUAUAUAUAUCCAGUUUCAAUUUUAUGCCAGAUUCCAAGUUACCUCUGUCCUACAUGACCUCUGUGUAUAUCGGCUUUACCCGCACACUCACCUGAACUGCAUACACACAGCCCUCUGGAAACACAUCCUGCGUCAUCACUCAUCUGGACUUGCUGAUUCCAUCUUUGUCAUGGAUGUAUAUAACUCACUUUACACGCUUGGACAACAUGGUUCCGUGGGCCAAAGUGAAACAUAAAUCGGUGGACUGAGCACAAUAAAAUACUUGCUCUGUGAUCGUGCAGAACUUGCGGGACAGGGUAGCUAAUAGUCCAAAGUUAAAGGUAGGUUCCGUUCAAGGUGUUUUUCCUGGUCACUGAGUCAGAAGCAGCUUACAUGUGAGUGGUUCCAUGGCUUUUGCUGACUCACCGUGGAGCAGGUGGACACUUUCCUUCACCCCAAUACUGAGCAAACAAGGAGGACCUCUCCAAGUACCUUUACAUUCUGUCAACUGUGGGCUGUUUUUCAUGCGGGUGGUGAACACCUGCUGUCGUCCUACAUCCUUUCGGAGACUGUUAAAUUCGACAGGGGUUGGACUGCAUAACGUUUGUAUUGAAAUUUGCCAAAGGGGAGAGCGAUCGGUGGCCCUAGUAGCUCCUGGUGUGGGUUUAGUCAAUGGUUUUGUCAGAUGUGAAUCGCCCAACCAGUCGAGCAGGCGCGGGGGCCCAGUGUUUAAUUUUCCGAAUGACUCAUUUCUAGUGUUUGAUGUGACAAAGAGAUGAAACAUUUCACAGGAUGAAUUAUUGAGCUGGAUCGAGCUGCUGUUAUGUUUUAGAUAUUUAUGUGUCUGCAAUUUCUAACAAGCACAGUUUGGCUUCUCCAUCAGUAUUUUCACAAUAAACUCCACUGCAGUAGUGUGUUUUGGUGUCUGCAGACACCGCAGCGUGAUGCUUCCCCUUGUGUUGUUUGAAAUAUGAAAAUAGAAUUUGACUGUAGCGCUGAAAGCACCUUAAUUGAACGCCAAUAGCUGUGAAUUAAAUUCACAUUUUUGGAAGUAUUUCAUGUCGAACUUUAAGUGAAAAAUACUCUUUAUGCCUCUUUGUUCUGAUUCGAUACUAAACCUUCCUUCUUUUUACAUUACAUUUCCAUUUUCUCAUUUCACUGUAACCAAAUGAAGCGUCUGCAGAUGUGGUUCCACUGAAACAAAAGGUCGCAGCGAGUGACAGAAGUCACCUGUGGUUAGCAGCUGCUGCAGCCCACUCCUUUAGCAGGCAGGUGAAAACUGAGACUUCAAAGACUCACAUUUGGGAGUUCUCAUCUCAAACAGGAAGAGGGUCUUGUCAUUGAGCAUGCUAAUUCAGGCCGACAAAUACCCUCCAGGGUUUACACAUCAGCGCGACAUUCAUGCCUAACUCGCGCUGUAUUCACGACUUUUUGGCGGCAGGAAGCACUUUUGUCCAAUGAGUUAUUGACUUGAAAGUGAUGAAAUCUUUCCGUCGUCCAAAAAAAUACACAUUGUUUGUAUUUUUAAAUUCAGCAUUUAUUUUUUAUUUCAGCAUCAACCUCACAGAGGCUGAAUUCAACAUGUCUCAGGGACUUGGGUUCAUAUGAAUUGAUGAAAGUGUAGUACUUGAGUGACAGUUAUUCUGUACUGAUCGUUCUUAUCUAAUGCCAAACAGGCGCCCAGGAAACAACCCCUUCAUCGCUAUUUUAUGAUUGUGGUGUUAUGUGUUUUUAAUCGUUUCUCUUCAGCCCGUCCUCCUGACGUUAGCUUGGCAUGUCCUCUAAAAAACGGUUGCUCAAAGUUCGGAGAUUUCCAAGGAGGAAGCCUUGAAUGGCAGAAGCUCUGGG